UUUAGUGUCUUGUUGAAGUAAUGGGAACAGAGCCAGUAAAGUUUAUUUAUAUUUCAGUUGAUUCAUAAUUCAUCAUGCCUUAAAUCAUGCCUUAAUUAAUUUGACAUCAAAUGUGGGUGGCAAAUAUUUAGUUACAAAGCCUGUAUGAUGUUACUGUUUCAAUUUGAUGAUGUUUCUUUUUUAAUCAGGGUGAUGUGGCUUCAUACACCGUAAGCAACCAUUCUCGUAUUCUGGGAUCCAAUUCGCAAAGCCACGGUAAAAAUCCCUGUCAAAAAAACAAACACUGAAACUGUGCGUUUGCCGGAGGGAUUGUCAUUGUACUCUGUUCCAGUUCCACCAAAGGAUUUUGACUCAAUUUCAAGGAAACAAUAACACAAGUAGGGUGGAUAACAUCUCAAUUUCCUUGUGGGAGAACGAGCCAUUUAACUUUGGCACAGACUGCAACUAAAAGGUCUGGUGGGUCUUUAAUUGCCUCUCUCCGGAGCAACGCAGAUGGACCAGCCAACGCCACCAGUAUCAUCAUGGCUGGAGGUCGAUGUGGAUUUGGGGUUUGCCCUCUUUUUUCUCUUAAUUCUUUGCCUUUUUUUGGUGGUAACCAUUGUGCGUUGCGCUCAAACAGUUGUUGAUCCAUAUGGAGCCAUUUCCACCUCCACCUACCAGGAGGAGCAGAUAAAUAACUGAUAUCUGAUCUCGCCAAUCCAACACAAAGGACUUUCUGAAAACCUCUGUGUCCAGAAUGGAAGUUUGUGCAUUAUACAAUGAUGAACAAUUGUCAAAGUAGAAAAAGGCUUUUGAAGAAUUCCAAAGUUUAUUGGAUUAUAUUUAUAGGAAAAUAUACUGUAUCAGUCGUUAAAAAUAUUUUAUUUGAAUCAGUGUGCUACUUAAUGCU